AUCUGAGGAGAGAAGACGUGCUGAGCUGUGAGGUUUCUUCCCGCUUUAGAUCUCUAGUUUUUCUGGUUCUGCUGUCUCGACUGAGUUCACAGAAGUUAAUUAGUGUGAGUCGCACCCGGGAGUGAAGAGGAGCUUCCCAUCCAGCCACCUCCUUCCGCUCCCCCACAUCACGGAGCUGAGCUCUCGCCCCCGUGUUCCGUCAACCAAUCGACCCACUCGGACGGUGCCCAUCCGUCCAACCAGAAAGGGAAGGGUGGGGGACGCGCCGCACGGAACUGGUCAAACCUAGGCGAACGAGACUCCCCAGGCCAGAAAGAUCACGAAGUCUCGGAGGCUCUCCCUCGUGGCUUUUCUGACUGGCUGAGAGCACGUGGAAGGGGAGGGGUUUAGCAAGUCAAGUUCCGAGUUCGGCCCAUGAAGAACCAAGCACCACUUCCGGGGCAAAGAAUCAUCGCGCUCAGCUGUUCCCAUGGCGGCCCAGCUACUCCACACGCGGCUUCCUAGGGACGGGACCGCCGCCGCCGCCGCCGCCGCCGCCGCAUCAGUUCCAGGCACCGCCGUCAAGUCUGGAGCUCCGCGGUCUGGAAUUUCAGAAAUGCUUGCAUUAGAGAAGGAAUUCCUCAGUUCUCCACCAAGAAAGACUGUCCGGUUUGGUGGGACUUUGACAGACAUCUUACUAAAAUACAAAAAGGGUGAUACAAAUGACUUUGAGUUGUUGAAGCACCAGUUGUCAGAUCCAGACAUAAAGGAUGCUCAGAUCAUUAACUGGCUAUUAGAGUUUCGAAAUUCAGUCACAUACUUAACAAAGGACUUUGAACAGCUUAUCAGCAUUUUAUUGAAAUUGCCAUGGCUAAAAAGGAGCCAAGAAGUGUUGGAGGAAUAUUUGGCUUUUCUUGGCAAUCUUGUUUCAGCACAGACUGUCUUUCUAAGACCAUGUCUCAGCAUGAUUGUUUCUCAUUUUAUCCCUUCUCGGGUAAUCAUUAAGGAAGGUGAUGUGACUAUUUCAGAUUCAGAUGAUGAAGAUGAUAAUCUUCCUGCAAAUUUUGACACAUGUCAUAGAGCCUUACAAUUAAUAGCAAGAUAUGUCCCCUCCACACCAUGGUUUCUCAUGCCAAUUCUUGUGGAAAAAUUUCCCUUUAUUCGAAAAUCAGAAAGAAUUUUGGAGUGCUAUGUCCACAAUCUGCUAAGGAUUAGUGUGUAUUUUCCAACCUUGCGACCUGAAAUUUUGGAACUUGUUAUUGAAAAGUUACUCAAGAUAGAUGUGAGUGCAUCACGACAAGAUAUUGAAGAUGCAGAGGAUGCAAGGGAAACAGCUAUUCAAACCGAUGAGACAGAUACAGUAGAAAGACUGUUUAAUAUGGAUGAAGAUGAAGAACCUAAAGAUGAAACAAAAGAUAUUUCUGGAAAGAAUGAUGAAAUGGCACAUCCAGUAGCUGAACGUUUAGAUAUUCUUUUAUCCUUACUCUUUUCCUACAUAAAAGAUGUCUGCUAUAAGAAUGGUGAGAUUGAUAUCAACAAAACGAAGGAUUUGUAUCGAGACUUAUUAGGGAUCUUUGACAAGCUGGUGUUACCAACCCACGCCUCCUGUCAUAUACAGUUUUUUAUGUUUUACCUCUGUAGCUUUAAAUUGGGAUUUACAGAAGCGUUUUUGGAACAUCUUUGGAAAAAAUUGCAGAAUCCAAAUAAUCCUGCCAUCCUUAGGCAAGCUGCUGGCAAUUAUAUUGGCAGCCUCUUGGCAAGAGCUAAAUUUAUUCCCAUCAUCACUGUAAAAGCCUGCCUAGACCUUUUGGUUAACUGGUUGCAUAUCUACCUUGAUAACCAGGACACAGGAACGAAAGCUUUCUGUGAUGUUGCUCUUCAUGGACCAUUUUAUUCAGCAUGUCAGGCUGUGUUUUACACUUUUAUUUUUCGACAUAAGCAGCUUUUAGAUGGAAACUUAAGGGAAGGAUUGGCAUAUCUACAGAGUUUAAAUUUUGAGCGCAUAGUUAUGUCUCAGCUGAAUCCCUUAAAGAUUUGCCUCCCUUCUGUUGUUAACUUAUUUGCUGCCAUUACAAGGAAAUACCAGUUAGUGUUUUGUUACACUAUUAUUGAGAGGAACAACCGACAAAUGCUUCCAGUUCUUAGAAAUACUGCAGGAGGUGGCUCAGUACAGACCUGUACCAAUCCACUUGACACAUUCUUUCCUUUUGAUCCUUGUGUUCUCAAGAGGUCCAAAAAAAUCGUCGAUCCUAUUUAUCAGUCAUGGGAAGAUUUGAGUGCUGAAGAGCUGCAGGAGUUUAAGAAACCUGUUGCAAAGGGAACAAUAGAAGAUGAAGAUGAUGAUUUUUUGAAAGGUGAAGUGCCACAGAACGACACUUUGGUUGGAAUUACACCAAAUUCUUUUGACUCAAGUUUUCGGAGCCCAUCAAGCAGUGUAGGGUCCCCACAGGUUACAUAUAUAUUGGACCAGCCUCUCUGACAAGAAGGAAUGACUAAAGAGACUUUUCCCCUCCUAAAAACCAAACACAAACUUGAAUACUAAGUUUCAUAGGUUAUGGAAAUUGACCUUAAUUCAACCAUUGACAUACCUCGGGUAUCCUGGUUUCAAGUUAAAUUUUAAAUGUUUUCCAGACUGAUGAAUUUUUUUAGUAUAAGUUAUAGAAAAAGUUAAGUGAAUAUCAUGUGCAAUAUUUUAUAAUAUAAUUUAUUAUUAUUGUAAUUUUGCAGACACUUUUCAUUUAAUGUAGAAAUCUUUUAUGUUACAUAUUUUAUAAUGUAAUUAUUAUGAAACUUCUAAUGCAGAUAUAAUCCCAUUUUUAAUAGCAUUUUAACAUAGACUUCUGCUUAUUGAUGCCAUUUUCAUAUUUCAGUGAUGGCCUCACAAGUUCAGUGUUUUGUUGAUGUGAUUUCAACAAAACAUUCAACUAUGUACCAGAUUCUUUCAUAAGUCAUUGUUCAUAUGUCAGGUCAGUCUGUGUAAAAAAAUUUUUGCUUUGGUCCAGUAUUUAUUUACUGAGAUCCAUUAUGCUUGGGUCUUAGUUUGGUGGAAAUAAUAGGGAAAGAGGGAGGUUGUUAAAAAUAUUCUGGGAUAGUAAAAGUAGGAGAAGGGGUCAAGAUAUUGUUGGAUUUAGUCUUGUGGGUUGAGGGGAGAAUGGUAGAGCUAGGAUGGCAGAAUUUUCUUUAUUAAAGCAAACAAUCAGGUUUAAAAAAUUUACUCGACAGAAAUGGUAUUAGUAGGUUUCCAUUUAGAUGGAGUUAAGAUUUACAAAACAGGUUUUGAUAUCUUUUCACUUCUAUUAACAUGGAUGUUGUAUGUUUUUCAGGACUUUUGAAACAGUACUGCUGAUUUAGAAUAGUGUUAGAACAAACUAGUUUUGGAUAAACAUAUGGCAGUAAUAUAUGUACAAAUGUUGAUCUUCAGUAUCUAAAAUGGAAAGAAAAAUAUUUCCAUGUUGUUUAUAUAACCUCUUAGUUAUGAAGAUUUGUUAGAACAAAAAUGAGAUUAUUAUUUGAAUUAUUAUAUUUCAUAUUUUUAGAGGUUAUUAUCAACUGACUAUAUGCCAUGUCUUCCUUGUAACGCUGUGUUUGGAGUUGGUGCUGAUAGAACAAUUUAGAGGUGAAAGCAUUUUACAAAAAGAACCUUUUGGGCUAUACCUAAAUUCCCACUGAUAUGAGGCAGUUCAGCCUUCCUGUGAAUUCUGUAGUGUAAUAAUUAGUGUCUUUUCAAUACUUGUAUAUUUUAUCUUAAUUUCUUGAGUGUAUAUAUUUUUCCCUUAUGACGAUAUAAAAAUAAUUACAUCUGUUUGUUUUUCUGUUUAAUUUGUCAAUGAAACAAAUGACUUCUUUGCUCAUAAAAUUUUAAGGUUUGUUAUUAAA